CAAACAUUCGUAACAAUACGAUUCUUGGAAUUAAAGGAAUACGGAUUUUAAAUAGUGCCUCUUUAACAUUGACAAAGAAAAUUUAAGAUGCAUUGACGUGAAAACAUAAUAACUACGAACAAUCAGUUUUUGGUGAAAUAUAAAAGCUUUCCUUUCAAGCAAUUUGAAAAUUUAAAUUUAUUUGGAACUUUGAAAUUGCUAAAUUAUAAAUACAUACAUAAAUAUAUUUUUUCUGUGUAAAUAUACAGAAAGAGGAGCAACUGCGCACGCACGGACAAAUACUGCAAGAGAUCGGAAAAGGAUUUCUUGUAUUAAAAGCCUUGAAUCUAGAUGUUAAAUACAUGCCGGAAAUGUAUCUGGAUAGUACUAGCACGCUCAGCGGCUCACGAAGUUGCUCAUCCAAGUCUUCAGAAACAAUGUCGCCAGAUAUAAUGAAUGCAUAUAAUGGAAGCGCACAAUUUUUUUCAUCAACACAGAUACCCACUACAAGAGUUUCUUCCAUAACUAUGGUUCAGCCGCGCGCACAAACGCAAGCACAAUGUUAUGGACAUUUUAACGGCUACAACGGGGCAUUAACCCAGCUACCUUACCACCAACAAUAUGGAAUACACGAUGAAAACGUCAAUCAGGGGCUCCAAUGGAAUUCAUAUCGAAUGGCGGACGCCACAUUAGUUCAAAAGCAACCUAAAAACGAAAUAUCUAAAUCCUUGAAAAUGUUUGCCAUGUUGGCAGCAUAUAAAUAUGGGAAAGAUCCUAUAAAACAUGGAAGAGAUUCACCGAUGGAUGAUAUAAUGAAGGAUUUCUAUUGUAAUGGAUACGUAGCAGAUGAGUCGAAUCUCCAUCCUCAGGGAUAUGCUUUAAUGGAAACGUCAUCGCUUUUUCAGCAUGAAUACGGCACUAAUAAAAUCCGUCGCAACAAUAACGACAGCGAAAACAACUUGAAUUAUAAUACAACAAAUUAUGGAACUAAUAAUGGAAGCAAUGCCAAUCUUGUAAUAAAUAGUAAUAAUGAAGCUUUUUUCAAUCAAUGCUAUUUUAAUCCGAAUUUAUGUAUGAUGAAGUCGCUCGUAUCGUCGCCUUUUUUGAGUAGUGGUGCCACAUCUCAUCCACCCCGGCAACAUGCGGCUACUGUUGCUGCAGCGGCCGUGACUGCAGCCGCAACUGCAGCCGCUUCCGCCAACAUCGACUACAAUAGUCAAAACAUUAAGAGGCCGCAGAAACGCUAUGGGAGUGCGAAGUUUGACAAGUUUUCUGCAGUGAAACAUUGUGUUUUCUGCGAAAAUAACAAUGAACCAGAAGCUGUGGUGAGGAGCCAUGCCGUUCGUGAUUCACUCGGACGUGUUCUGUGUCCAAAGCUACGCACUUAUAUAUGUCCGAUUUGUAAGGCCUCUGGAGACAAAGCGCAUACCGUUAAAUAUUGCCCACAAAAACCGAUUAUUACAAUGGAAGACGCAGUGAAAGCAGAAUCUUUACGCCUAGCAAAAAACUUCUACUAUAAGCAAAGAAUGAAAGUAUAGACCGUAAUAUUUAGUAAUUAGAGAAAGCUCGAAGCAAAAAACGUGUAAAUACGUUUUUUUUACGAAGUGUGCGAAAAUUUUUACGGAUUUAGAAUUGAAUAUAAAUCUAAAACAUGGGAAUUCAAUAUUGUUUGAAUUUCUCAAUUAAAUCAAUUAAAUUUUAUAUUUAAUUUCAAUGUUUUUAUAAACGCCUGAGGCGUAUUCGUUUUUAGCAAGUAUAAUGUUUAAGGAUUCGUGCAACGGGAAGAAUGUACGUUCAUCAAUGAAUUAUUGUCUUAA